CGAGCACGGUGCCUUCCCUCCCUCCCUCCUUCUAUCCCCAUCAUGACCUUCCCAUCAUGGCGGCGCUGGGCCUCCGCUCACGCCCUACGUUCCCCCCCCCCCCCCCCUCCCCUCUCCCUUCCCCUCCCCUCUGGCCUGCUGCCGCUCCCGCCACCGCAGGACUCCUUUCCCCGCCCGCGGUUAGGCCCGAGCCUCGCCUCGAGUAGCGCUGGGGGUGUUUGAUACGUGUGUGUGUGUGUGUGUUUUUUUUUCUCCUCAGCGACGCGACGAGGCAGGCCCGGCUUCGCGCGCGCGGCCGACCCUCAGUCUCGAGCGAGCCGGCCAGCGGGCGCGCGCCCGCGCUGCCUCCUCCUCCUCCCGCCCGCCCGCCGUGCCGCCCGCUCACUCCUUCGCGCGGCCGUCAUCGUCGCCGCCGCCCGUCUUCCUCCUCCUCCUCCUCCUCCUCCGCCCCCGCUGCCUCAUCUUCCUGCCCGGCUGGCUGGCUGACUGACUGACUGACUGGGGCUGACUGGCUGGCGGCUCCACGGCGCAGGCCCGCUGCAGCGCAGCCGCUCUGAGAUCUCAUGACUGAGCCAGGAAGUGUGCAGAUCAUCCUCCGAGAUAGGACUGCCUCCUCCAGCAGACGGGUCCCAGAGGAUCCCAGCCUGUAAAAUUUGCAGUAACCAUUCAUGGAGGAACAUACGGUCACCCAAACGGAGCACAUGGCAACCAUCGAGGCCCACGCGGUGGCCCAGCAAGUCCAGCAGGUACACGUGGCCACGUACACGGAGCACAGCAUGCUGAGUGCCGACGAGGAUUCCCCCUCUUCGCCCGAGGACACGUCCUACGACGACUCGGACAUCCUCAACUCCACAGCCACCGACGAGGUGACUGCCCACCUGGCCGCUGCAGGGCCGGUGGGAAUGGCUGCCGCCGCCGCUGUGGCCACCGGUAAAAAAAGGAAGCGGCCUCACGUUUUUGAAUCCAACCCAUCCAUCCGCAAGAGGCAGCAGACGCGGUUGUUACGGAAGCUACGGGCCACGUUGGAUGAAUACACCACGCGAGUCGGGCAGCAAGCCAUCGUCUUGUGCAUCUCCCCCUCCAAACCCAACCCGGUUUUCAAAGUCUUUGGGGCGGCCCCGCUGGAGAACGUGGUGCGCAAGUACAAGAGCAUGAUCCUGGAAGAUUUGGAGUCAGCGCUGUUGGAGCACGCACCUGCGCCGCAGGAGGUUAACUCGGAGCUUCCCCCUCUCACCAUCGACGGGAUUCCGGUCUCGGUGGAUAAAAUGACCCAGGCCCAGCUGAGAGCUUUCAUCCCUGAAAUGCUGAAAUACUCAACGGGUCGCGGAAAGCCGGGCUGGGGGAAGGAGAGCUGCAAACCCAUUUGGUGGCCAGAAGACAUUCCCUGGGCUAACGUCCGCAGCGAUGUCCGGACAGAAGAGCAGAAGCAGAGGGUAGGUCUUGAACACCUUCUUCCUCCUUCUAGCAACAGACUUUUCUUAGGUUUGGCACACGAUAGGCUCUUUCAAACCAUGAAUAUUAACAGAAUCACAGAGCGAGCGGACGUAAGUCGAGGAGUCCUGCAACGGAUCUCUCGUCUCCUCCAUCCCCGCCAGGUGGAGCAGAACUGGGCGACGCUACAGGGGGGCGAGAUGACCAUCCAGACCACACAGGCCUCCGAAGCCACGCAGGCAGUGGCCUCCCUGGCCGAAGCCGCCGUAGCCGCCUCGCAGGAGAUGCAGCAAGGCGCCACGGUCACUAUGGCGCUCAACAGUGAGGCGGCCGCUCACGCCGUGGCCACGCUUGCAGAAGCCACCCUCCAGGGCGGAGGGCAGAUCGUCUUGUCCGGCGAAACGGCAGCGGCCGUGGGCGCGCUCACCGGGGUACCAGAUGCAAACGGUGCGUUGGAAAAUAGCUUGGCCCCCUCCUCUCUGUGGCAUCCCUCAAAUAUUGGAAGACUGCUAUCGUGUCUCCCCUGGUCCUCCUCUUCACCCAUGCCCAGUUCCGGCAACCGCCUGGUCCAGAUCCCAGUGAGCAUGUACCAGACGGUCGUCACCAGCCUCGCCCAGGGGAACGGCCCCGUUCAGGUGGCCAUGGCCCCCGUGACUGCCAGGAUCACCGACAGCACCGUCACCAUGGACGGCCAGGCGGUGGAAGUGGUCACGCUAGAACAGUGACAGCCGACCAAGGCCAGAUUGUGAUGCCACAGCUUCUUCCUCUCUUCUCCGAUUUUUCUACACCUCUCCGGAAAUGCAAUCAGGAAGCGUUGGGAGUCUCACAACUUUGGACUACGCAACCCAGAGCGGGAAAAGGGCGUGUGCCUGCUGGGUCAUCGAGCGGACCCACCUGCUCCCAUAGGAGCGAGGAGGCUCGUCCGGACAGGUUACGCCCCGGCUUUCUUUGCAUGGAUCGCCCGUUCCGAAGAAGGGCGAGGAUCGGAAAGCUUUCCUGCCCUCUGUUUGUGAAGUCGGGGCCCAGGCCCCCCCCCUCCCUGGCGGACCCUCACCGUCCCACCAUUCCCACCGAGUUCACCCCUGCCGUCCUCACCUCGAGAAUUUAGGGCUGUUUUUCUCGUACGGACAAGAAUUUCCCGCGAGGACGAGAAACAUUGAUGGACGAGAAUUUCGCACGAAAACGAGAAACGACGGGCGAGAAUUUCAUGCGAGGACGAGAAAUGUCGAGACGUCUUAUGGGAAAAGACCCUUUUUUUCUUCCUCGAAAAGGCGCCCCGGGAAAAUCGCAUCUCCCGGAGGAGGCGGCGAUCCUGUUACCUGCCGAUUCUGGACCUGCGUCCAGGACUCUUCGGUAGCCCAGGUGGCAUCGGACCUCCCUCCUUUCCGUUGGAAAGUCCAAGUUAGACGGCUCCUCCGAGAAUCCUUCGCUGACUUCUGUUUUGGCUCUCUUCCACCUCAGCCCUCGCCAGUUGUGAAAGGUCGAAAGAAAGAGGCGGGGGGCACGCGGCAAAGAGGGUAUCCCCUUCCUCUCGAUUCCUUCCCCCCCCCCCCAGCCCCUGUUUUUGAGCCACAGACCCUCAAAAUAAUCUUUCCCAGGGUGGUUUCAAAGGCCGCGCCGGCCAUUCUGAUUUUGGAUCCCUUUUCCAUCAACGGGUUUCCCCUCGUAUGGAUGGCACCUAGCCGGAAACCUUCCUAAAAAACCCCUUUCUUUAGUUAAGACCCCUGUGGGGCAGUCCUGGCCCUCCACCCCAUAACCCAUCAUCCUUGCCAGUAGCUCUUGGCCACUGGCAUCCAAGUGCAUUCAUGCAAAGGUGUGAUGUCUUCCUGUUCCCGCUCCCUCCCUCCUUUUUUCCUUUCUUUCUUCUUUCCUCCCUCCCUCCCUCUAUUCCCUCUCUUUCUCUUCCCUCCCUCUUUUCUUCCUCUUUCCUUUUUUCCUUCCUUUCUUUCCUCCCUCCCUCUCUCCAGUCCCUCUCUUCCUCCCUCCCUCUUUUCUUCCUCUUUCCUUUUUUCCUUUUUUCCUUCCUUUCUUCUUUCCUCCCUCCCUCUAAUCCCUCUCUUUCUCUCCCCUCCCUUCUGUCCCUCUCUCCAUUCCCUCUCUUUUCCUCCCUCUUCCCUUUUCUGCUUUCCUUCUUCCCUCCUAUUUUCUACUUUUCUCCCCUCCCUUCUGUCCCUCUCUCUGUUUCCUCUCUUUUCCUUCCUUCCUUCCUCCCUCCCUCUUUCUUUCCUUCCCUUCCUUUUUUCUUCCCUUCCUUCCUCCCUCUCUUUCUCUCCCCUCCCCUCCCUCUUUCCUUCCUUCCCUCCCUCCUUCCUUCCUUCCUUCUUUCCUCCCUGCCCACGGAUGACCCCUGAAUAGCCCAGGGUGGGUGGGAGGGAAACUGCCCUUGAAUGGGUGGGCGAAAAGCAGCUCAUCCCCACCUAAGGUUCGACUGAGCAGUUAUAUCUCCCAUUUCAGGGGGCUUCCAGGGAGACCCCCUGCCACCCACUCCUGAAAAUUGCUGGAAAAAAACUCAUCCACUCCGUCUUUCCUCAUGGAGACACCCACAGUAUUUAACUGCCUUCUUCUGUCCUUUGACACAGAAUACCAUUUUGCAAAAAAAGUCAGUUUUUCAAGCUGACUCUUCUCUCUCUCUCUCUCUCUCUCUCUCUCUCCUUCCCCACCGGUCUCUUCCCAGGUUCGUGUCUUUUAAAGCUGGCUUCUUUUUCUCGAUUUAAAACAAGGAGAGAGGGGUGGGGGGGAAAAGAGAGGAAAACCUACGAGGGUCCUUUGUAGACAUAUUUUCUUCCGGACGUAAAUCGAGGAGAAGUUUUCCUUCCCAGGUCUUUGCUUUUGAUUUUUCUUUUGAUUUUUGGUUGUCGUCGUUUUUCAUUUUUUAAAUAUUAUUUUUUAUUGUCGUUGUAAAGAGACGUCAGAUGUGACUUUAAAGUUGGUGUUCCUUUUUUAUGUUUCUUUUUCCCCUCCCCGGUGACAGAAUAAAGUUCUGAUAGACUGAGAAAUUAUUUCCCUGAGACCCAAAGAAGAAGAAGAAAAAUCCUCUUUUCCUGCCACCACUGUCAAAAGCAUGGGGUUUCCCUGUUGUUUCCCCCAAUUCUGUCUAUUUCCUCAUUCAAUAAAUUGUUACAGAUGUGUCCAGA